GGUGUUAUACUUAAACUCCGACGUAUGAACGCUGUCACACGGUUUAGUUGUGGAUAGCAUGAGAGGUGAAGUAGACGUGGGAUUUAAAACCGGCACAGGACCGCUGAUCCAUUGAACAGAGCAUACGGGCUACAUCAAUAUACCGCAACCCCAAGGACUUUGUGGAAAUUUUGGACAUUCUUUGCGGAAAAAAUGAAACCAUAUUGAAAGUUCUCUCUAUACAUGCCAAAGUUAGGAAACCUUGUGGAGGAUUCGGGAACGUUGUCGCGAAACUUUGGGGUUUUCGCCACAAUUAUUGGCUAUCGAAUGGACCCGCAUCCGAGCGCCCGGAGCUGCAGCAGUCGUGGAGCUGCGCCGUCCUGCGAGAGCGUCUCCGGCGAGCCCCCCAUGAAUUUAUACAUCCACUCCACCACCGGCACACGCUUCGAGCUCUCCCUUCCCGUAGAAGAGACCGUGGAAGGGCUUAAGCGAAGACUUUCUCAAAGACUCAAAGUACCCAAAGAAAGACUCGCUCUGCUGCACAAAGAAACACGCCUGAGUUCAGGAAAACUUCAAGAUUUGGGUAUAACGGAUGGGAGCAAACUAACAUUGGUUCCAACAGUUGAAGCAGGCCUAAUGUCUCAAGCGUCAAGACCAGAGCAGUCCGUAAUGCAGGCCUUGGAGAGCCUGACUGAAACACAGGUCAGCGACUUCCUGUCUGGCCGGUCUCCUUUAACCCUGGCACUGCGAGUAGGCGAUCAUAUGAUGUUUGUCCAACUGCAGUUGGCAGCACAGCACUCGGGCGGCCCGCAGUUACAGCAUCGGCAUCUCAUAUCACGCGGAAGUUCGGAGGGCACGACGGGACACUCGCAUGGAGCUUCUGCCUCGGGGACAGCCAGGGUGUCACACAACCCCCACCAUCACCCGCAUCCACACCCUCAUCAUCCUAACACAACGCUCCCAUCCAACCCAGUGGCCUUCCCACCAUCCCCCACUAUCCCAACAGUUCCUCCCAUGUAUCCAACCUCUGCUUCAGGGCACUGCAGCCCUCCGCCUCACCCCUCUUCACUCCCCGGUGGUUUUCUCCACUCCCAGCAGCCAUCUUCAGCCUGUCCCAUCUCUCCAAGCAGUCCCGCCCCAACUCCUUCCUGUCCAGAGGCUAACUGCACCACAAAGACGUCUGGCAACUCUAACACUCCCUCCCGAUCCCGCAAACCAGGCGCUAUUAUUGAAAGUUUCGUCAACCAUGCGCCAGGAGUGUUUUCUGGCACAUUUUCAGGCACUUUGCAUCCCAACUGCCAGGACAGCACCGGACGUCCCCGGCGGGACAUCGGCACUAUCCUUCAAAUCUUAAAUGACCUCUUGAGUGCCACCAGGCACUACCAGGGCAUGCCACCAUCGCUCACCCAGCUCCGCUACCAAACCCAGUGCAGCACCCCAAGCUCCCCUGCGCCCUCACCACCUCCCUCGCCCCCCCACAUCCCUGGACUAUCUGGCCUGCCGAACACGAUGCCAAUUCCCGAGACCCAGCAGACCGUCCACCCGCUUGUAAAGUGCCAGAGCCCGUUCCGCAUGUGCAAGCCUUCUGAGUCCUUGGAUCCGACCUGGGCGCAACUGGCCAGUGGGGAAAAGGACAUUGGCAGACGGCACAGAUUCUCACAAAGAACAAAAAGCUCUGGUGAUCGACUGCGUCAGACGGAGAACCGGGCCACGCGUUGCAAGGUGGAACGGCUGCAGCUUCUCAUGCAGCAGAAGCGCCUGCGCAGGAAGGCUCGCCGGGACUCGCGCGCCCCGUACCACUGGCUCCCCAACCGCAAGGCGGGACGGAGCAACAGCAACAGCAGCAUGUCCAGCGAGGGCUCCCUGGACCUUGACUUUGAGGACUCUGUGUGGAAGCCCGACGUCAAGGCGGACAUGAAAUCAGAAUUCAUCAUGGCCUGAAGCAGCGAAGAUUUCAGCAGCUUCACCGAGGCCAGAGAUACGACUGGGUUUACAUUUUAAAGAGGAGAAUUUUCAAAGACUGUAUUGGAGAAGCACGCUCAACCUCGUAGGCUUCUUUCCUCAUCCUGUGACCACAUAGACACAAAGGAAGUUUUACCUUGCGUCCAUGAUAGACUACGAUCUUGGAAAAGACAGAUUUUUCUAAUUUUGAUGGUCGGAUUCGGAUUGGAUUUAGGAACGGACAGCAUUUGGACUGCAAGUAAACAAAUGAGCAUAGCAGACAUCAUUGGUGUUGGGAUAUAUUUUUCUUUUUUUCCCCGGGGGGAACGAUAGAUGGAGAUACGUACAGGCAUGACGAACGGACAAAAAUCUGAUAGUGAUCCUCCCUUUUUUCCGAAUGGGCAUUCAUAGUUCAAGAAUCUUUUGAAGGGGGUUUUCUUUGUCGUUUUUCUUAUUUCCUGUUGUUCUUGAAUCAUGAUGAUUUCUGAAACAAUGUAGCAUUACCCACAAAGCAUUCAGGUUCUUUAUCGUCUGCACACACCUGUGAUUUGAAACGGAUGAUAUCGAAACAUAACUAGGACACGGCACAGUGCAUGUUUAGUGUAUAAAUAUUAAAAAUGAUGUUUCUCAACGGCUCAGUGUAAAGUCAGAGGUAUGAUGUAGGAAGCAAAAAGUAAGCUGACAUGAAUGAAUAAGAUCCAUCCAAGGCUUGUAAAGUCUGUUGUAGUAUAAUGAACUACUACUUUAACUCCAAAUAUAGAUACAAACAAACCAAGCAAACAUAAAAACUACAGUCACACAGCGAGGCUUGAGUCAAGCUGUGAAAUGAAUCUGAUGAGAGAAAAACUUACAUAAUCAUUUAAAUACACACUGCAUCUCUCCCGUUACUCCCAAAUGUGUAUAAUAGAAAAGUGGUGGGGUGCCAGAGGAAUAGUUUACAAAUGUGCAUUAUAAUGGCUCACUCUGCCAAAGUGAAAUAUCUCAUUUAUGCAUUCGACUAAAACAACAUGGCCCAUUAAUAUCAGCAAAUACUGUUACCAAUGAAGACUAAACACUUACCCAAAAUGUAUUUAAGAUUCUCAUUGGCUAGUGUUUUGCAGGUUUUUUAGAUCGAACACGCCUGCGAUCAGAGCGUAUCCCCUCCCCGCCCCUCUUUCAUUCUUAAUAGUGCCUCGUACGUAGACGCACUGACAUCAGGUGUUCCACAGACAGACGGUUCUGCUGCUACAUGGGACUUCUCUUUGCAUGCAAAAGUGUGAAUUAUUGAUCCUUUUUUGUAGAAAAUAAUAAUAAUACUGAGAAACUGGUGCUGAAAAGAUAAGCAUGACAUUGUGAAAAAAGAAAAAACAGACAUUCGCCCAGCUGCUCGGGAUUUCUAAUUAGAAACGUCAUGUUACAUAUCAGUUGCAAACCAAAACAGGACUGGACGAUCAUUCCUGGACUGUGGCAACUCGCUGAGGAACAACGAAACAAGAGCAAACACCCCCGCCCGCUCCCAUCAACCUGUGGACUGACGUGGACGUUGGCAACCAGCUUUUGCCCCCGAUGACUAUUUGGACAUAAACGUGAAAAUGUUCUCAAACCACAUCAAGAUUGCACUCGCUGAGCUUGCAAUGAGAUUACCUACCUGAAGGGGAACAUUUGUCUUUUCCUUUUCUUAUGUUCAAGUGGCCUUAACGUUCAUUAUUGAAACGCUCGCAGGGGUGGACAACAAAGGGAUUGUUACGUUGUUUUCGUCCUAUGUAUUUGUUAAAGGCAUCACUUUUUUUGGGGGGGCAAUCUUUUGUGUUUAGGAGGUGGAGCUCUAUUAUGUCAAGGCUUCGGUGCCUUAAAUAUUUGCCCUUUUAAUGUGUACAAAACAUUUGAACAAAUUAUUUCCAUUUAUGCAGGUUUUUGUAGUGAGCUCCGGUAUAAUUUUGUCCGUGGCUUCAGGUUCCAUCAGUAUGUUUUUUCCGCUCAGUUAUGUCCCUUGUACCCUGCUGUCUUACAACGAAGCUGAAAAGCAACAAAUUUGCGUGUUAAUUGAAAAAAAGUUUUGACUGCAGUGCUACAGCAACAAAGUGCCCUAACUCUCAGUUUGAGAUGUCCUUAAAGGACACAUUGACAACAUGCACUUCCCUUCUUCGAUAAAGAUUUCAAUGGACGAUUUCUCCCUUCCCCCCCAAACAAAUCUUUAUUUAAUUUCUAUAUAUGUAUGAAAUAUACUCUGUGUGUGCCUCACCUGUAUGUAAAAUGAUUAAAAAAGGAAAACUGAAAAAAGCAUAGGAGAUGACCUGAGUUUUAGGAUGGGGGAAUUGAAGGGGGAGGGAAGGGGGCAUUUUCAAUAGUUUGUUCUAAUCACAUCGUUUAAGUUGCCUGUUCUUUCUUGUAGCCAAUGAAAACUGAUUAAAGGAGUUGAAAAAAAAACAAUUUACAAUGUUCUAGCUAUAGACCGGUGUAGCACAUGUGUGACUGUAAUAAUUUAUGAAACCAAAAUGGUAACUGUGAAUUAUGUAUUUCUUUGUGCAUUUUUUUAAAAGUGGACGGAAGCGUAAGGGCAUUGCCGUGCCCCAUUUUGUUUUUGUGGAAUAUAAUGGAAAUAAUCAAGUAAAAAAAAGGAAAAUAUCUAAAUAUAUUUUUUUCUUAAGCAAUACAUUUCAGUGUGACUUGUGAUAGGACCUUUUUCUUUUUUAGGUAAUAAAUUGAAAGAAAAAAUAAGA